AUGGGUGUGAUACGCAAGAAGACCGCCUCACGCGGCACCGAGGCCGGCACUAAGUUCCACUGCGAUGUGUGCUCUAUCGAUGUUACAUCAACAGUUCGCAUCUCGUGUUCGCAUCCCGCCUGCCCAGAAUAUGACCUCUGUGUUCCUUGCUUCUCCGCCGGAAAGAGUUCCAAAAACCAUGACCCCGCCACACAUCCAUUCCAAGUGAUCGAACAGAAUUCAGUCCCCAUAUUCCAAGGGGAUUGGGGUGCCGACGAAGAAUUGUUAUUGCUGGAAGGCGCCGAAAUCUAUGGGUUGGGUUCCUGGGCAGACAUCGCAGACCACAUUGGCGGCUACCGCAGCAAGGAUGAAGUGCGAGACCACUACUAUAACACAUAUGUGAAGAGCGUCAACUUUCCGCUCGCAGCUCGCGCCGAUCCAGACGAUAGGAGCUUGCAGGAUUCAAUCUCCAAAGAGGAGUUUCAAACACGCAAGAAGCGGCGCAUCGAAGAGCGCAAAGAUGCAGCCAAGUCAGCACCUCCCACUACACCCAAGCAAAAGCCAACUGCCAGUGUACCGGCAUGUCACGAAGUGCAGGGCUACAUGCCAGGACGAUUGGAGUUUGAGACCGAGUUCUUGAACGAUGCCGAAGAAGCGGUGCAGCACAUGACUUUCGAGCCCGGGGCUGGACUCAAUGAAAAUGGCGAGCCAGAUGCAGAGACCGAACUCAAGAUGACCGUGGUCGACAUUUACAACUCCCGCCUGACAGCGCGUACCGAGCGCAAGAAAAUCCUCUUCGAGCACAACCUCCUCGAAUACCGAAAGAACACUGCCUUAGAUAAGAAACGGUCCAAGGAAGAACGAGAUUUGUUGAACAAAGCAAAGCCACUCGCACGGAUGAUGAACUGCAAGGACUUUGAAGACGUCAACAAGGGCCUGGAGUACGAGCACAAUCUCCGCUUAGCCAUCUCCCAGCUUCAAGAAUGGCGGCAGAUGGGCAUCGGCGACCUAAAAGCAGGCGAGAAGUAUGAGCAGGAUAAGCAACAGCGCGUACAGCGGCUGCUUCCUCAGGGAUCAUUCGAUCGUUUCGCCAGCACCCGCCCUAAGCAGACACAGCUCACAGAGACCCCAGCGGCAGCAAUCCAGCUCACAACGCCUGAACUGCCGCUGCGACUGCAAAAAGCCGCCAAUCCACACGCACCGGCAGAUCCUGACGACGAACCAUUGAACGAUUUCGAUCGCGCCUUCGCUGUCGAUGGGGAUGCGCCUCCCCCGCAGCCGACGAAGACGAAAUACGUGGUGCCCCCGUUAAGCGGGAUGCCACCGUGGAAGCUGGACAAUGACACUGCUGCCGACUUGCACCUCCUGACCAAGGAAGAGGCAGAGUUAUGCAAUGUUCUACGUCUGAUGCCGAAGCCUUAUCUGGUCAUCAAGGAGACACUCUUGAAAGAAGCAAUGAAGCAGGGCGGCAACCUGAAGAAGAAAGAUGCACGAAUAAUUUGCAAGAUCGAGGGCACUAAAACCAGCCGAAUUUAUGAUUUCAUGGUACACAGCGGUUGGAUCAACAAGGCGUAG